ACCAAAGUUUCUACCUUUCCCAUCACAAACAGCAACAAAAUCUUCAAAAAACCAAAAUCUGAAAACAAGAAAGCACCAAAAAAACACAGAAUGUCCCAAACCAGAUUCUUCUUCUUCAUCUCAUUCUUCCUUUAUCUGUUACUUGUUCUCCCAAUCUGCCAUGGCUUGCCUCUUAUGGACCUCAAUUCUCUAAAGCAAAGUGAAGUAUCUGACAUAAUAACCAAAAGUAGGGUAUGCACAGGAAGCAUUGGAGAGUGCUUGAGCUUUGGAGACAGAGAGACAAAGAUGAUGGAUUCUGAGAGCAAUAGGAGAAUUCUGGCAAUGCAGAAGAAGUAUAUCAGUUAUGGGACUCUCAGAAGAGACAUGGUUCCUUGUGACAGACCUGGAGCUUCAUACUAUAAUUGCCAUGCCAAACCAGCAAAUCCAUAUCACAGAGGCUGUGAGGUAAUCACAACAUGUGCUAGAGAAUUGGAAGAUGAGGUCUUAGCUACAAGAAGAAGCUCAGCUUUGAUGAACCACGCGAAUAGGACCAGGUGGACACUGCCAAUCACGCGCAAGUCACAAAUCUGGAUGAGGGAAUUUCAGAUCUGAUGGAAAAAGUUGGAA